AUGGCCAAAGCCAAAGCCAGAUGCCGCACGAGGUGGCCACUCCGUCGACCUCGCAUCCUGCCGUUCGCCGUCGUGGCCGCUGCAGCAACGGUCCUCGCUCUCGCUCUCUUUGUGCUGCAGCUCCCGCUCCCGGCGCCCGUCGACUUCUUCUCCCACUCGUUCUCUCACGACCGUUCCCGUUCCCGUUCCCAUCAUCCUUACUUCUCCAGGCCACCGUAUGUCCCGGCUGCGCGCCUCGAGCCUGCAUCUGAUAUUUGCUUGAAGCCAACUCCCUUUCCGUUUCCCAUCUCGAACAUUCCGCUCGCCGCCUCCCACCCCCUCACCAUGGCUCUCGCGGCCGAGACGACCCGCGUGGUCUCGCUCUUCGACUUUUCCGACGCUGACGUCAACGCUCACGUCCAAGAAUUUUUGCGCCAGAUGAGCGAAGGGCUGAAGAGGGACGGCACGAGCAUCAGCCAGAUCCCGACCUACGUCACCGGCGUCCCCGAUGGCACCGAAAAGGGCCUCUACCUGGCCGUCGAUCUCGGCGGAACCAACUUUCGCGUCUGUUCCGUCAUGCUCAACGGAGACACGACCUUCAACCUCACCUACAACAAAGUCGCCAUCCCCAAGGAUCUCAUGGUCGCCAAGACGUCCCGGGAGCUGUUCGCCUUCCUCGCCAAGCAGAUCGAGCUCUUCCUGCGGGAGCACCACGCCGACCACUUCGAGAGCAGCACCCGCCGCCGGCACACGGCCAGCACCCCGCAGGGCUACCGGGAUGAGCACAUCUUCCGCCUCGGCUUCACCUUCAGCUUCCCCGUCAAGCAGCUCGGCAUCAACAAGGGCAAGCUCAUCCGGUGGACAAAGGGCUUCGACAUCCCCGACGCCAUCGGCAAGGACGUCUGCGCCCUGCUCCAGGCCGAGAUCGACAGGCUGCGCCUGCCCGUCAAGGUCGCCGCUCUCGUCAACGACACGGUCGGAACGCUCAUGGCGCGCUCCUACACGUCGACGGGAAAGCACCGCUCCAUCCUCGGCGGCAUCUUCGGCACCGGCACCAACGGAGCCUACAUCGAGAAGACGAAAAACAUCACGAAGCCGAUCGAGGGCCAGUACGACACCACGACGGGCGAGAUGGUCGUCAACACGGAGUGGGGCUCCUUCGACAACCAGCUCAACGUCCUUCCCUCGACCCCCUGGGACCGCGCGCUUGACGGCUCGAGCGUCAACCCGGGCAUCCAGAUGUUCGAGAAGCGCGUGUCGGGCAUGUUCCUCGGCGAGAUUGUCCGCCUGGCCGUCCUGGACAUGAUGAAGAACGACGAGGUGUCCCUCUUCAAGGACAUCGACUCGAGCUUCAACGACUGGAGGACGACGACCAACAUCAGCUCCGAGUCGGGCGUCCUCCGGGCCUGGGGCCUCGACAGCGCCAUCCUGUCGGUGGCCGCCUCCGACAACAGCCCCGAGCUGUCGACGCUGCGUCAGGAGCUGGAGAACAACCUUCACGUGUACAACCCGUCCUUGGAGGAUGCGCAGUCCUUCAAGGCCGUGGCCAACGCCGUCGUGCGACGUGCCGCGAGGCUGUCGGCCGUGGCCAUCGGCGCCGUCGCCCUGCAAUCCGGCAAGCUUGACGACCCGGAGGAAGAGGUCCUGGACAUCGGCGUCGACGGCAGCCUCGUCGAGCACUACCCCUUCUUCCGCGACAUGAUCUACGAGGCGCUGGUCGCCGUCGACGGCAUCGGCCCCGAAGGCGCCAAGAAGAUUCGCAUCGGCAUCGCCAAGGACGGCAGCGGCGUCGGCGCCGCCCUCAUCGCCCUCGUCGCGCAACGCAUGGAGAAGCCCGGCGAUUUCCUGGCCGAUCUGCGCGGCGACAUCAAGCGCAGCCUGGACGCGAUGCAAGCCAACAACGCCAUUGACGAACCAUCCAUGUCGACGACUGCGCUCGUCGUCGGCGGCCUCAUCGGUGUUGCCGCCAUCGCCGCCAUCUGGUACAACAGGCAACGGUGA